AUGAUUGAAGCAUUAUAUAAAUUUAAUUUUAAAAAUAAUAAAGUUGAAGAUAUUUUUAUAAACGUUAAAUUAUUUAAAAAGAUAAAAAAAAAUAAAAUAAGAUUUAUAAAUAUAAGCAGCUUGAUUUACAAAAAAAUUUAUAAAGCUUUUAAAACUUUUCGUGGUCCUCUUUUAGAUUACAGUCAUUGUGGUUUUAAUACUGUACAAAUAAAAACAAUUUUAUUUCAUAAACCAAAUAAAGAAUACGUUAAAAUAAGAGAAUAUUUAAAUUUUAAUAAUCUUACUUGCAUUUUUUAUAAAUAA